AUGAGAAUAUGUGAAUCGAUUGUUUCUUCUGAAGCGCGCACAUUCGGCUUCAACAUCUCGAACAGCGACGGACCUGAAACCCAUUGGCAUCUGUCCGACUCAUCCAAUUCCACAAUUGGCAGUCGUCUCUCUGGUAUCAUUCACGUCCAGAGAGGCGACGUCGACCAGAACUCAGAUAUCGAAGUUCGGCUCGAAAUCAAUUCCAGCUCUACUGCAGACUACAAGAAUGUUGUUUACAACCAAACUGCAACGAGCCUCAGCCUGGAUUACCUUCCCUCCGACGAUGACGAAGACAUUUGUACAGAAAUCAAGGUCGUGAUAUACUUCCGUCCGGAAUCACCCGUGCGUCUAUUGGAUGUGCUCGAGAUUAGGUCCGAGACAUUCGACUUAUGGGUUCACGACUGGGCCUGGCAGAUCAACAACCUCAUCACACAUACUUCGCACGGCGAGUAUACAUACGAAGGCGGCAAAGGCCCGGACCCAUUGCACCCACACAACAUCGAUUCCAGCUCAAUAACAGGCGUCAUCUGGGGCUGGUAUGGCUGCGAAGGCAAAUUAAAGAUACAUAGCAAAAGCGGGCAGAUCGAUCUAAUGCUGGUACCGCGGUAUACGUUCAUCGGAAAACCGAUGCGACCAAAACAUAUCUCGGUAUAUACAGUCAGCGGAGCGAUCAACGUCGCUGCGCUCUGGGAAUACUGGCCACAGCAGCCAUUCACACACUACACGAACAUUCACUCGGCUUACGGCAAUAUAGUCGCGGAGAUACCGCAUGGCUCGUUCACCAGUAUCGUGAGCAUCAGCGGUAACGUAAACGCGUAUCUACGACCAUUCGCUGCCGUGAGUCCGAAUGAUGAAAGCACGAUUUCCACGACGACGCUGCAUGGCAACACAAUAUUCCAUCUGGACAAUGCCAAUCGAGAGCUCUUGGACGAGCUCUACGAUCCUCUUCUCAGCACGAAGAGUUCGCACUGGGUCAGCUCUGGUGAUUUGUACCUGCGGUACCCGUUCAGUUGGUUUGGAAUGAUGGAUGCGACUGGCGACAAAGGCUCGAUCAAGUUUGGGGGAAGUGCGCUAGAUGAGGUAGAGGAAGGUGAUGGGUUCGUUAAGGCUGUCAGAGGGAGAGGCGCGGGAAGUCGCAUGGAAGCGGUUCAUAUUAAGGGGAUGAUGGAUAUCACACUGGGUAUUUGGGAUACGGAUGAUUGA